CUCCUACAUCAAGGCGGCAGCACGCGUGUCCACAUUACAUUUCAAAGAUGGCCUCGCUGCUUGCCCGUCCUCAGCAGGCGUUCGCCCGCGCGGCUGCCAAGCCGGCUGCGGCGCGCCCCAUGCGCCUUGUCGUUCGCGCUCAGGCGGAGAAGCCCUCUCAGCAGCUGGCGCAGCUCGUCAAGCCGGCGCUCUCUGCAGUUGUUGCCAACGCGCUGUUGGCAAUGCCCGCUGCUGCUGAGGCUGGCAAGAUUUUCGACUUCAACCUGACCCUGCCGGUCAUGGCUGGCGAGUUCCUACUGCUGAUGGUCUUCCUGGAAAAGGCCUGGUUCACCCCUGUGGGCAAGGUUCUAGAUGAGCGUGACAACCUCAUCCGCUCUAAGUUGGGCGCCGUGAAGGACAACACCGGCGAUGUGGACAAGCUGGUGUUGGAGGCCGAGGCCAUCCUCAAGGCUGCACGCGGCGAGGUCAGCGCCUCGAUCAACUCGCAGAAGAAUGCCAAGCAGAGUGAGCUGGACAAGGCCUACAACGAGGCUAAGGCGAAGAUCACCGCCGAGGUUGAUUCUGCGAUCGCUGGUCUGGAGAAGGAGUCGGCGGGCAUGCUGCAGACCCUGGAUGCUCAGGUGGACAAGAUCAGCGCUGAGGUGCUGAAGCGUGUCCUGCCUGAGGGCGUCAAGGUCUAAACUGCUUGCUAUCCAGCAAGUUGAGCGCCCUUAAUUGUGGAGUCGCGAGCCGCGGUGACUAUUGGUUGGGAACCUGGUGACGCACUAACGCGAGCUUCCUUCAAAUUUGCAUAUUUUGAUAUGGAACUUGGGGAUGAACUGAAUAGCUAGCAGUGCACAUCGGGGACCUCGCCUUUGCUGACGGACCAGUUCGUGUUGUGCCUUAACCUGCACGCUUGCAUAGUAUGUUUCUUCCGCUGACUGCGUCGGCGAUUUUGUUGCCGGGUGCUGCCGGUGGGGCAGUUUUCCGGGUAGCCCCUUCUGCCUUGCGUGGCAUCAGCAAGAGGUGUCCUUCGUGUGAUGAUACGCGGAUAGUGUAGAACAAACCUGCGUAUAAUGGCUGUGGGACGCUUGCGAGAAGAACUUUGAAGAUGACUUAUUGAUAGCGGUAUUUUGAGUGUGCUGGUGUCACAUCCCCGUGUGGCCGAAUCUUCCCAACUGAACCACUAAGUUGUAACCGGGUUCAACGGCUC